GCCGCCUCGCCGGGCUGUGGCGGACGGCCGGACUGUGCGGCGAGUUAGCCCUGAGAUUAGCUCGUGAUUUCUCUGCUUCAAAAUUUCACCAAGCUGAAAGUGUAUCAGUUGUGAUUGAAAUAACCAAGAUGAUGGUGUCUGAUCUACUGUCUGUUCAUUGUCAUUAACUAUGUGAGAGAAUAGAAGUUACCAGAUGGUCUGAGUCACAGUGCAGAAACAUGUUUUUCUUUUUAGUGUUCUUCCUAUGCAGUACUUUGCAGAGGAAUGCAAGCCUCAAAGAGUGAAAAUACAGAAAAGGCAGAACCAUUCUACUGGCUUUCAGUGGCAAAGCAGAAGACCUGUUCUGAGAUUAUAAAUGAAGCCAGAAAUGUUCUACGAACAGUAGGAACUCGAAGACCAUUUACACCUACAGAUGGUCAAAGGAAACUUUUUGGAUCUGGAUCCUUGCGAGGUCCUCAAAAUAGACCCCCUUCAGUUUUUAGUCUUCAUGCAUCCAGUUUUGAUUUGACUGAAUCAAGACCAGUGUCUGGUGUUCGUCUUAGUCCACUGGAUCAUAAACCAAUAUUAAUCACUUCUGCAAAAGAUGAAGAUUCUUCUGUUUUCCUUCCAAAACCUCCUGCUGAGGCUGCAGAGGUUAGAAAAGUCAGCACUGCUCGGGCAUGCUUAUGUAGAACAGCUUCUCUGGGAAGUAUAUUUUCUGCUAAAGUGGUUCUUCCAGAUCAGAAAAAAGAGAAGCUAGAUUCUGAGGAACCAGCUAUGAUGAUGAAUAAUCCUGGCAGAAGUAAUAAUAACUACUUAGCAGAGCAAAGGUUGUACACACCAGUUAAUGAUAAAAGUAGACAAUUAAUUUGUAAUGAUCAUAUCAGCGUAUCGGAGAGCGAAGACUUCAUGGAAGGGACAUCAGGAAAAUUUUCAUUUCAGCUGAGAGGAGAAAGUGACCAGAUGAAAAAGCCUGGCACAAAUUCAUCAUGGCCAAGGAGUUCAGGCUGGAAGAGAAGAGUAACAGGCUUAGAGGAUGAAACAAGAAUAAAUGAGUGGGAAGAGGAAGAAGUCUUUUGGCGUAUAAAGAUUCUGCCAAUUCUGCGUGAACUGAAAAAAAUAGAAGACAAUAUAGAAAAUCUUUGUCUGGCUUGUACCAAGCUCUAUCAAGCAUUGAAUGAAGGAAAUAUGCUUGGAAAACAAUUUAAAAGAAGAAGUGAGCUUCUGAAGAUAUUAUAUAAACUUGUAGACAUUGAUUCAGAUCCACUUUGCCUGAAGCUGGCAAAGAUUAUUCUGGCUAUGAAAGUGGAUGGAAAAAAUCUUCUUAGUGUUUGCAAGCUAGCAUUUAAGAUUUGCAGGAAUGAAAAAAAUGAUUACAUCGUUCAAAAUGAUAGAUUAUUGGAUUGUUUGUUGGAGGUUCUGAGAAAUGAAGAUCUACACAAAAACGACGAAGCUCUCCUCUAUUGUGCGGGAGCUAUAAAAUUCAUGUCUGGAAAUGCAGUACUCCUUAAUGAAAUGGUCAACAAAGGAGCUGUUGAAAUGUUGCUGCAAUUAAUGAAGCAGAUUAAUAACGUAAAAGAAAAUGACACGUAUUUCUCCAACUUGGGCCACUUAUUAGUCCAGCUGACAGCUACUCUGCGAAACCUGGCUGACUUGCCUCCGGCAAGGUGCCAACUCAUUUGCAGUGGUGCUGCCUCUGAGCUCUGUGUGGCGCUGGAGCAGCGUGUGAACGAUCAGGAUGUCUGCACCUACAUCGUCAGGAUACUCAGCAAACUUUCUUCCUACAAUGACUUCUGUGCAGCUUUAGCAGACUGCUCCAGAUGUUACACCUUAUUUUUAGCCCUACUAAACAAACACCAGAAGCAGCAGGAUUUAGUUGUCCGUAUCGUCUUCAUUCUUGGUAAUUUAACAGCAAAGAAUAACCAGGCCCGUGAGCAAUUUUUUAAAGAAAAGGAAAGCGUUAACACCUUGACAUCAUUAUUCCAAACCUACUACGAACUUGAUUUGAAUGCACAGACAUGGUACCAUGAUAGAGAAGGAAAAGGAAAAAACCACCUAAAGCAUCCUUCAGAAGCAGAAGAUGUUAUGAUAAAACUGAUAAGAGUGCUGGCCAAUCUCUCAAUUCAUCCCAGCAUAGGAGCCACCCUGGCAGCUGCUCAUCGUGUUGUUGAAUUACUUGUUACCGUACUAGAAUACAAGUCCAUCGAUGACUGUGAAGAGCUGGUCAUCAAUGCUGCCACAACAAUCAACAAUUUGUCCUACUACCAAGUGGAGAGUUCUGUGGUUCAAGACAAGAAGCUGCACAUUGCUGAAAUGCUUUUGAAGCUGUUAAUGAGCAACAAUAUGGAUGGAGUUGUGGAGGCUGUCAGAGUCUUUGGCAAUCUUUCCCAGUAUCAUGAGGUCUGUGACUUCAUCAUGCAGAAAAAGAUAUACAAGUUCAUGAUUGCUUUGCUUGAUUCCAAGAACCACGAUGUCUGUUUUUCUGCCUGUGGAGUUCUGCUCAAUCUCACAGUAGAUAAGAACAAAGGAGCUUUUCUGAUGGAAGAAGGAGGAAUUGGAAAGUUAGUUGACUGUUUGCAAGACUUUGGGCCGGCAGACUGGCAGCUGUCUUGUUUGAUAUGCAAAACCCUGUGGAACUACAGUGAAAACUUCACAAGUGCAGCCUCGUGCUUUGGAGGAGAUACCAACACGUUGCUGGUGCUGCUCACAUCACUUUUAGAUGAAAAGCUAGUGUUGGAUUGCAGCCUCGAGACAGAGGGAAGGGACUCCCACAAACUACAUUGGGAAAGAGAGUUCAAACCUGUGGCAGAGAAACUUCUUGAUAGAAUUCAAAGCCAUCACUCCUUUCUUCCAGCUGUGCCUAUUAUUCCAUUUUAGUCAGUCUUUUCUCUCUUUUUUUUUUUUUUGGUCAUGUAAAUUGUAUAGCUUUAUAUUUCUAAUAUACCUGUAUGUUGCCAUGAGGAAGAAAGUUAAAGAGCGUGGCUAUCUUUUGAAGAGCUUGUAUGAAAUUUUUGCAUGUGUAAUUACUUUUUACAAUAGACUUGAACUGAUCAAGCGGC